AUGGGUGAUCACAUGAACAAGGCCAUGCAAGCAAAGCCAAUAUUACAAACUCUCGAAGAUUUGUACCAAGGAAUCCCAGAUGAAUCCGUUAACCUCACCUUUCAAGACCUAGCUGAAGUGAACACAUUAGAGAAGAGAAAACCCACAACAACAAUAACAUCACCAUCACGCUCUCUAGCCAAAAUACCAAGUCUUGAUUUCACCAAAGGCUUGCAAGCAUCUGGUCAACACCACCAACAGCAAGACUUUGGCUUUGGAGGUUCCCAUCAUGGUGACUCACCAUGGAGGCAUUCUGGUCAUUUUAGCCAUGCAAGUGUUGGUGCACAAAGUCCUCAAUUUAUGGCCAGUAGAGAUGAUCAUCAUUUGGGGUAUAGCAUGAGCUGUGAUGAUAUGAGUGAGGCUUCGGGAAGAGGUGUUCGACGACGUCGUCCCGGGAUUCCUCACUCUAAGAUUUGUGCAAUUUGUGACACCUACAUUUAUAUCUUCCGAACUAGAUGCCUGGUGUGCGGCAGGGUUUAUUGCAGGCGAUGUGUGGAAAUAGGGAUGGGAGAGAUGAUAGAAGGAAGGAAAUGUAUUGAGUGCCUUGGAUUGAGAUUCAGCCAAAGGUAUAUAGAAAGAGCAGGGAAGAUAGGGUGCUGUGGUUGGAGGUAUCCAAGAACAUUGAAACAGGUUGAGCUAAAGUGUGCAGAGAAAGGACCAAGGAGGAACGGAAGGUAUGGUCAUAGGGGAAUGGCAACCUCAUCAAGAUCAAGAAGUCCUAUCACCCCAAGAAGUACUCAUCCUAUUGGUCCCAAUGAACACUCUUUUGUUAUGUCUUCAUCCUUUUCUUCUUUCUCUCCCCAUCACACCCUCCCUUUUUAA